AUGGUCUUUUUGACCUCUUUCCUUGUGCUGUGCGGCAGCACUUCCGUACUCGCUCAACAAUAUGCUGGAGAUAUCAUCAGCGCAAAUCUUCCAACUAUCAACAAUGCUGAGGUCGCAUUCUUCAAGAUUGACGACCCUAGUGGCAAAAACGACGCGCUGACUUUGAUCAACUACUACUCUCACGGUACCGAUGGAAAUCGUAUCGUGGAAAGCAACAUCCAAAGAGCUGUUAUUGUUCUUCAUGGUCUUUUGAGAGAUCCUUGGAACUAUGAGAACGAUAUGCUCAAUGCUCUUGCAAUGGUUCAAGACACCAAUGUCAACCGUGAUAGUGUCGCUGUCAUGGCCCCAUACUUCCCCAAUGGCAACGACAAGAACUACGGCUACCCUUGGACGGAUGGCCAGAAGGCAGGCCAAGGCUCUACAACCAACGCAUUGGUCUGGUCUGGUUCACAAUGGUCUGCUGGCGCAAACAACCAAUACCCCCACAACAGCCGGAACACAUCCAGUUACUACAUCCUUGACGAAUUGGUCCGUUACUUUGACGACAAGACUCUCUUCCCCAACAUGAAGCAGAUUGUGCUUGCUGGACACUCGUUGGGUGGCCAAAUGCUACAGCGUUACGCUGCAGUUGGUGACCAACUCGAGACUGAGUCGCCUGUUGUUCUGUGGAUUGCCAACGGAGAUUCUUGGGCAUGGCUCAGCGAUUACCGCCCUCUGAACAUUCCGGACUGUCCCACUUACAACGAUUACCGUGAAGGUUUCGCUCAAUACGUCGAGUACGGCAUGACUUACGGUGCCAAUCUGGUCGCCCAAGGUCUCGAUGCUAUCAAAGCAAACUUUGAUAGCAAGCAAAUUGCUUGGGCUCGCGCUCUCCAAGACUUUGGUAAUCAUGCUUCAAGCUGCGCGCCCGAAACCACUGGCCAGGACAGAAACGAACGUUUCUUCUUCUUCAUGAAGUGGUUCCAACCUAGCUGCCUUGACCCUUCCAGUAUCAACUGUGACACUGUCGAUUUGGUCGAUGCUCCCCACGAUAACGGACAGAUGUUCCACUCUGCAGCAGGACUUGCCCGUCUCUUCACCGAUAACUUCUACGGCGACAAGAGUCGCGCGUACGACUUUGGUUACCCUCGCAAGCAGCAGGGUGACGAUCCGUUCCCGGAUCCUAGCCUUGUCAGCACUCCUGCAACAAGCAAUUACAACACUUAUGCUGGCGGUCUGACCUACCAGGGCUGCUGGACCAACCAAGCCCCGACAACAGCAAAUGCACUCUCGACCUUGUUGUACGAUGAUGCAAGCAACACAAUCGAGACAUGCACAUCUGGCUGUGUGAAUGCAGGUUACAAAGUUGCUGGCAUGUCGGAUGCAACCAAGUGUUGGUGCGGCAAUGAGAUGAGCUCUGCAUCUGCUAUCCUCACUGUUGAUAUGCAGUGCAAGUCUCCAUGCCCUGGAAACACCGCUCAGAUCUGUGGUGGUAUCUCCCGCCUUUCUAUCUUCUCUGCUGGAUAUCCCGCUUUUGUUUAA